AUGGACCUUAAAACAAGACUGCGCAAGGCCUGCGAUGCCUGCAGUAUUCGGAAAGUGAAGUGUGAUACCGGUGGGCCACCUUGUCGGUCGUGCGCUAGCUUGGAUAUUCCCUGCACCUAUGAAAGACCAAGCAGACGCCGCGGGCCUCCUAACCGCCAUGCAGAGGCAUUUAAGAAACAGAAGCGGGAACCUGAAGAUACAGCGUCGCUAAGCCCGGCAGACUAUCCGUCGGCGACGACUCCCUUAGCAACGCCAUUCACCAACCCUCAAUCUGCAUCGUUCUCCCUUUCGGUAGAAUCGAUUUGUUCUUUGCACACAAUGCAGAUGUUGCUCGAUGACUUUUUUACUUACAUUCAUCCUUUGGUCCCAAUUCCACAUGAGCCUUCUUUUCGAGCAGCCUUUGAACGCCGGGAAGAUGUAACCAACCACACAUUUUUGGCACUUUUGGCGUCAAUGAUUGGACUGCUAGUGGCUUCCUUCCCUCGACGACCUAAGCUCCGACUCAACACUGAAGCCGAACGCACCGCUUUCCCCAAUUCUAUAGCUCUAGUAAAGCGGUGCCUUGACGUUGCGAUUCAAGCCCGCGGGACCGGAUAUCUUGAUCGCAACGCCACAGUCUACGAUGCAGCGAUCAGCUAUUUUCUCGCUGUAUGUGCCGGGUAUAUUUACAAUAUGCGCCGAUGCCGUGUGUACCUGUCGGAAUGCCGAGCCAUGCUCCAAGUGUAUGAUUUAUGCCGGUCUCCGACCACCACCAACCGCCCGUCCUCGGCAUUAGGACCCCUCAGCCCACUAUCACCGGCCUCAGUAAUGGUGCAGGAUUCACCAACACAUAAUUUCACGGAAAGCCAAGGCGUCGACCUCAUCACUCAAGAGCUCGGCCGGCGUCUGUUCUAUGUCACCUUAGUCGGAUAUCAGACAUUACACCAGAUGGGCUCUUCAGAUAUCAAGGUUCAUGUUCCUCCAGAGACACCAACGCACCGUUAUCCACCACUCCCGCUGGAGAUCGACGAUGAAUUUUUAUUCUCAACACACGUUGAACCGCAGCCAUCCGACCGAGUUUCACAGCUAGUCGGAUUCAACGCAAAUGUCCGCGUCUACAGCUCAUAUACCGCCCUGCUAGCUUGGGAAAUAGCGUUUGGCAGCGGUCAAAUCUUUGAUUGGGAGCACCAGCGCAACUCCAUUUGGGACUGUCUCAAGCAAGCAAAAUCUGCACUAAUCAAUGUUCCUGCUGAGUUGUCUCUCCACCAUCCGAAACACAUAUCCCCGGCGGAUUUGUCCGGUCUUGGCGGAGAUGACACAUUCUUCAGCUACUCGAACGAUCAUAUCCACCAAGAACGACGUGCUAUACAGUAUGAGAUCCAGAAAGCCAAUAUCUAUGCUAGUCAGUUAUGCACCCGGUCCUAUCUGGUCGAGAAGUACUGGAGCCUUUUCGAGACGUUUUCAAAGUACGGAAAGUCGCCUAAAUUCACGACCCCGGGCAGCUCCACGCCACAUAUCAAAAUCGAAGGAAGGCCCAAUCCGGUACCGAGUGCGAGUGCGACUCCCACUGGUACAGCCCCGUCAGAAGCCAACACCGAAGCUCAACCUCAUGCACAAACAGACCAUAUUGGCCGCAUGAUGGCCGAAGAGCGCAAACUGGUCAUCAAAGAUCUCUUCGUGCUAGUACGAACGGUGAACGAAGUGAACAUGGAGCCAAAUGGCGCAAGCAUUACCAAUAAAAUCCGCCAAGUAGCAUCCACCCUCCUCAGCGUCUCCCACCGACCAAAUCAACCCAACACCGAAAUACCAAACCCCACAACCGCUGCCGCACCAUCACCAUCACCAACGACCGCGCCGUCAGGCCUCCACAUCCUCACCGCCGCAGAGGCGGAGUCUUACCUGCACGCAUUCAUCGAGACGCUUGUCCGGCUGGAAUGCCAUUCUCCCAUGGGUGAUGCAGCCAGUCCUGCCGACGGCAUCAGUCCGCAGAUGAACGGCCGCGCUAUGAGCUAUCUGAGUGAUUAUGAGCGGGAUCAAGAAGAAUUGAGCCAGUGGGCGAGUUUGAAGGAAUAUCAGCAGAAGUUUGCGGAAGCUGGUGGUGUUCUGAAUCAGUUGUAG